AUCGCUUAAGUAUUCAUUUCUCUUCUUUUUCUUACUAGGUUCCCAAACAUAGUGAGCCUCAGCAUGCAUUUUUUAAUUAUAACACUUGUAAUUCUUUGAAUUUUGAUUUCGGGUUCAAUCUCAAGCUUCGAAUUGGUUGAUCAAUGCGAAUCUUCCAUCAUCCAAUUCGAAGAGAAAAUCGUCGAAACAGUAGAGCAAAACCCAGUGGUGGUAAUCAUAGGAGAGACUGGUUCGGGAAAGAGCACCCAGCUUUCUCAGAUUCUACAUAGAAAAGGCUACACCAGAUCUGGAAUCAUCGCCGUCACUCAGCCCCGUAGAGUUGCCGCAGUCUCCGUCUCUAGAUGAGACUGGAGAGAUCACCUCGGGUGAAGCACCGGCUAGUUUACGAGUACUGGAGAGUGUAACAGAAUGUAUUUGUUGAAGGCGAUGGGUUGGCUAUUUAUGACUAUUCUUGAAAUGGUUGGACUCCAAGCAACUUUUAUGGGGAUGCAACGUGUCCAGGGGAGUCGACUCUUUUAGGCAUCAAUGCUGUCCAGCACCUUGGCCCUAAAGUGCAACGACUAAGUUGGAUCAUUAGUAAGGGGGGUGCAAGAGGUGACUCUUUGUAUGAGAGUCAUGCCUCAAUUUUAUAGGGCUAAGAUGCUGGACAACAUCGAGGGAUGAUGAUUCUACUGGGCCUUGAUCUUGAGAUGGGCAGACAUCAAGCAUAAAUGUAACUGCUAUGUUGCCUGUGGAGGGGAGCCACUUCAGAGGCCAAUGCAAAGUCUCCAAGAAUGCAUCGAAAUAUUUUUUUGUUUUUGGGGGGUGGGGGUUGGUCCAUAAAGAUUAUUUUGUUCCCAAAGAAUAGUCUGUGGGAGUUUUCAAAUUUUUUUUUUUUUUUUUGUAGGCUUUAAUCUAAUGCUUCAAACAUAGGAGUAAAGGAUAUAUAUCUUAUGUGGCAUUCUUUCCUAUUGGAGCAAUUUAUAGGAUCCCUUUUUUCUAUUAGUAAUUGUUCACAGACGUGUUGCGCAGGAGCUUGGUGUUCGUCUUGGGGAGGAAGUAGGCUACGCAAUUCGGUUUGAAGAUCGAACUUCAGAGAAAACAUAUAUCUUAUCGAUGGAGUUCUUCUUUGUGAAAGUCUUUCAAACCCAGAGCUCAACCAAUAUUCUGUAAUCAUAUUAGAUGAAGCUCAUGAAAGGAGCCUAAACACGGAUAUUUUGCCAGGACUGAUGAAACGGUUGAUUAGAAUGCGUGCAUCCAAUCUGAAGGUUUUGAUCACUUCGGCUACUCUUGAUGGUGAAAAAGUGUCAAGAUUUUUCUCCAAUUGCCCUAUACUCAAUGUCCCUGGGAAGUUAUUCCCCGUGGAAAUAUUUUACAACAUGGAGUGCCCAAAGAGUUAUCUUGAAUCUUCUUUGAAAACAGCCAUUGAUAUACAUGUUCGGGAACCAGAAGGUGAUGUCUUAAUAUUUAUGACUGGACAGGAUGAUAUUGAGAAGCUGGUCAAGAAGUUGGAGGAGAGAGUUCAAAGCCUGGAGGAAGGUUCUUGCAUGGAUGCUGUAAUCCUUCCUCUUCAUGGAUCUUUGCCACCUGAACUGCAGGUGCGUGUAUUCAGUCCUCCACCUCCAAAUUGCAGGCGAUUUAUUGUUGCUACAAACAUUGCUGAAACUUCUUUGACUGUUGAUGGUGUUGUGUAUGUUAUUGAUUCUGGUUAUGUGAAGCAACGACAGUACAACCCAUCAACCGGCAUGUAUUCCCUUGAUGUUGUUCAAAUAAGCAGGGUGCAAGCAGAUCAGCGUGCAGGACGAGCUGGAAGAACACUUCCUGGGAAGUGCUACCGUUUGUACCCGUCUAUGGUUUACCAUGAAGAAUUACUAGAUGCAACAGUCCCUGAAAUACAGCGGUCUUCUCUUGCUGGCACUGUUCUUUAUUUGAAAUCAUUGGACCUCCCUGAUAUGGAUAUUCUCAAAUUUGAUUUUCUUGACUCCCCUUCUUCUGAGUCACUAGAAGAUGCUCUUAAGCAACUAUAUCUUAUUGAUGCUAUUGACGAAAAUGGAUCAAUUUCAAGUAUUGGACGAACGAUGGCUGAGCUUCCAUUGGAACCUUCACUCUCAAGAACCUUAAUGGAGGCAAAUGAAUAUGGUUGCUUAUCCCAGGCUUUGACAGUUGCUGCUAUGCUAUCAGCGGAAACCACGUUGCUUCCUGGUCGAAGCAAGAGCACUGAGAAGAAGAGGAAGCAUGAUUCUUCAGACCUUCCUAAUGGUUCUGGUUGGGGUGAUCACAUCCAAUUACUGCAGAUCUAUGAGCUUUGGGAUCAGACUGACUAUGAUGUGGAUUGGUGCAAAGAUAACAACUUACAGGUGCGAGGAAUGAAGUUUGUUAGAGAUGUCCGGAAACAGUUAUCCCAAAUAAUGCAGAAGAUAGCAAAAGGGUCCCUAGAUGUUCGAACAAAUGAAAGACGGAAAGAAAGCCAAGAGGAUUAUAGGAACUUGAGGAAGUCUCUGUCUGUUGGCUAUGCAAACCAGCUUGCAGAGAGAAUGAUUCGUCACAAUGGUUACCGAACUCUUGGUUUUAAACCCCAACUUGUUCAGGUGUAUCCAUCCUCUGUGCUGAGAACGGAUGAAGAGGGAAUGCUCCCAAAUUAUGUUGUCUACCAUGAACUUAUUUCUACCUCACGUCCAUUUAUGCGGAAUGUGUGUGCAGUAGAGAUGCCAUGGGUCAUGCCCAUCUUAAAGAAGCUCGAGAAACUAAACAUCAGCAAACUCAGUGGUGGGUCGGGUCAGUCUGAGGAGCAAACUGAGGGAGAUAAGUCAAGCUUGCCAAAAAAAGAUGAUGUUGAUGUUGCUAGGCCUGUUGAUGACCGUGACAGUCAGAUACAAGCAGCUCGGGAACGUUUUCUUGCUCGUAAAGGGAAGAGAUAG